AUGUACAACACCCUAACCCGCGCCCAAAAUACCUUUGGCUUCUUCACGACAGUUGCCUUCUUCGUCGCCGCCUUCAUCGCCGCCUCCGACCUCAUCACCCCUCGCGCCCCCUCCGUAGGCUCCCUCAAGACCACAAACGUUCAGGUCGUGAAGGGACGCCCCCACUACUACUCCUCCAAGAAGGAGGAGUACGCCAUCAUCAAGUUCUCCCUCGACGCCGACCUCUCGGAGCUCUUCACCUGGAACACCAAGCAGGUCUUCGUCUACGUUACGGCAGAAUGGCCCGAUAGCUCAAAGAAGGCCGCCGGCACAAACGCCACAAACCAGGCCGUCAUCUGGGACCAGAUCAUCACCGCUCCCAGCUCCGACCACCUUGCCAAUAUCGGCCCCGCCGCCAUGCGCAAGCUGAGGAAGAGCGCCGAGGGCAAGAGCAUCGACCCCAACCGCGGCAAACUCCACAUCAAGAACCAGAAGCCAAAGUACCAAAUCACGCAUCCCUCGAGCAAAAUCGCGGAAGCCGACAAGGUCGUCCUGAAGCUGCACUACAACGUUCAACCGUGGGUGGGCAUCUUGACGUGGAACCAGAACAUUGAUAUCGGCGGCUGGAAGGCACUCAAGGGUGGCGUUAGCAAGGUCUUCAAGCUUCCUGCUCUCAAGGUCAAGGAGAAGAAGCCUUCAACGUAG